UUUAUUGUGAAUAAUAAAAUAUUAGCUUGAGAAAGGUACUGUUUAUAGACGUUUUACAUUUCCUGUAUAGAUAUCUUCCUUAUCAUUAAAUUAACAUACAUGCCGGCAACUACGCUUCCAUACAAGUCCAUUCAUGUUGCGUACCGAUUUUUUAAAUUAGUCAUUUAUUAAAAGAUUGUAUCAAAGCUAUUUCUUCCAGUGCUUCAGUCUGUGCAUGAUACUCUUUUUAUUUCAAUGUCAAUAAAUUGAUUGAUAAGAUAUCCUGCAUGAGAUGAAAUGUAAAUUUUAUGGUUUCUUGCAUAAUAUAACUAAUGGUUUACUUCAAAUGAUGGAUAACAGUUCUUGCAUGUGUGAUGACCGAGAAACGGUAGAAGCCGGUCCAAGCACAUCACAAAUUUCAGUACCAAAAGACAAUACAAAAAAGAGUAGAAUCAAUUUUUUUAAUAUCUGUCGUGACCGACCACUUCCUUUCACGUCGAAACGCGAAAAAAAGCCGACAUCGUCUAAUAGAAGCUCGACAUCCAUGAAAAAAUCACCCAAAUGGGGUAUUAAAUUCAGAUUCAAAAGGACCACAACACAGGAUAACCAAAAUUGUUGUCAAUGUACGUGUUAUCGUAAUUAUUCUAAUGAAAACAAUAAUGUACCUGCGGGAUCUAAUGAAAGUACUAAUGAGAGAGAAAGUCAGAGCUCUCUAAAAAGUUCUGAAUCAUCGACCAGUAUUUCUGAUAAUAAUGUAACUAGAGAAGAAGAACAAGAAGCGAGUGGAACAGCGGCAGUUACUGAAGUGAAUGGUGUUAAAGGGAUAUAUGGGACAGCACCGGCCACUAGUUCCAUACCUAAUAUUAUAAUAAGUUCCCCUUUUAUGGACAUGCAAUGGAUGAGGGGUCAACCUGAAGAUUGCGAAGAAGCUGCUAGAAUAGCUAGAGCUAGAGAAAUAGAAGAAGGUGUCGUAGCUCCUGCGAAUUUCCGUUUAAUCAAAAGGGUUCAGUUGUUGUGUUCUGAUACUGAAACAGAAUCACAAGCUCCGAGGAGGUUACAACUGGUUUGUUCUCCUGAUUUCAAUGUCGAAUCCUUGAAAUCGUUGUUCCAAAAUCAUGUUACUUUCAGAUCGGGUCCGUUAGAUACGAUAACAGGAUGUCAUACUCAAGUUGAUUUUAUACAUUGUUUGGUACCCGAUUUAUUAACUAUCACCAAUUGCAGUUUUUAUUGGGGCAAAAUGGAUCGAUACAAAGCUGAAGAAUUACUCGAAGGCAAACCCGAAGGGACGUUUUUAUUGCGAGAUUCGGCUCAAGAAGAAUUCCUAUUCAGCGUAUCUUUCCGAAGGUACGGUAGAUCUUUGCACGCGAGAAUAGAACAAUGGAAUCACAGAUUCAGUUUCGAUUCACACGAUCCGGGUGUAUAUACGUCGAUCACUGUAUAUGGUUUAAUAGAACACUACAAAGAUCCUAGCAGUUGCAUGUUCUUCGAACCACUAUUAACUUGGCCGUUAAAUAGAAAAUUUCCUUUUUCCCUUCAGCAUUUAGCUAGGGCGGUAAUUGUAUCAUCGAAACUCAAUUACGACGAUAUAAAUCAAUUGAAGUUACCAAAAGAUAUCAAAAACUACUUGAAGGAAUAUCAUUAUAAGCAGAAGGUUCGCGUCGAAAGGUUCGACGAAGAUACGCCAUGGUUGGAUAUGAGAGAUAUUCCUACUUGAUUCGCAAUCAGGAUACUCAGAAUCCGAACGCUGUUAUCGAAAAAUUUUUAUUAGAAAAACCGCAUGGAUUUCUGUUUUUUUCGAAUAUUAAUAUGUACCUACAUAUCAAUUUUAAGGUAUCUCGGUUUUUGUGAUGAAAAAAAGUACGGCACAUAUUGAUAUUUAAAUUGCCAUUUUUUUGUGUUGGCAAUGUCUCUUGAGAUACCAGCAGCAGUGAGCAACUACUUUGAUAACUUUUUAUUAUUUCUUGUAUGUCUUUGUGGAACUGUUCACUUUACUUUUCGCUGUAACCUUAGAGAAAGAGUCAAAAUGGGAAUGUAGGAGGCGCAUUUUCACGCCCAUGUUACUGUAUCCAAGAUUUCUACAACGAUGUAACGUUGUUUCUACUAGUAUUUGUACUCUGGAUCUUUAUUGUUGCCAGGAAAAACUUUUUUUCUGAUUCAUAUUUGCAACUUCUGAAAGAUACUUGAAGCAGGCGCCUCCUUUGGUUAAGCGAUAACAAAUUGCUUUAUGUGCGAAUUAUACUGAAUUCGUUUCUCCCAUUUGCUACAUUACAACCCGGAAAACGUUGAUUUUCAUUCAAGAAAAUUUUAUUUCCAAAGAAGAGGUGGGAACUUAUCUCAAUAUUUGUAUGUGCCGUGUUUUUUUAUUUAUGUAGCUAGUUUCGCAGCAUAAUGAUUAUUAAUUUUUUCUCCCGCUGUUUGAAACGUUCGUCAGAAAUACAGGGUGUGUUUAUUAAACACUAUUUAUCUCGAUUACAAAAAAAAAAUAUUUCGAAUGCAAUUCUUCAUCAGGUGAUAACAAAUGUGGGCAAAUUUGAAAUUAUUUUUAUCAUUGAAAGGAUGGCUGGCACCUUAAGCCGGUACUAUACGAUACGUUCAACGUUUACGCCGAUAUUCGCCUUCCAAUGUAUAGUUGAUCAUUGGAAGGAUGGUUGGAACGUUACUCAAACUACUUAAAAAAAUGAAAACGUGGCGAAAAAGUUAUGCGCAUAUAUAAAACUGAAUGAUACUUGCAACUUUCGGUUUUUCAUAUAAAACACGUAGCAUUCACGCGCAAGAGAACAAGAAGUUUUUAAUUACGAACCAGUUUUAGUUUUUAUUUAAUUUUAAUCCGAGAAUUAAUACCCUUAAUAUUGAUACUUAACGCCACUGGCAUUUUUUUUAUGGCGGACUGAAUAGUUAUAACAGUUGGUUUCAAAUUUUGCAACAAGUUAAAAGUUUUUCAAUUUUAGAGAACGUUUUUUGUUCGCCUGAAAAAAUAAAUAAUGCCAAAUGAUACGAGGAUUGUUUACAAAGUUUCCAACUUAUAAAAAAAAAAAUUAAAAAUCUAGUAGUUGGAAUUUCAGUUUUAGUUAAGUUCUGUGGAUUUAAUGGAAACUAUUCACUUCGUAUUAUUUGUAAAAAAAAUAUUUAGUUUUUUUAUUAGACGAAUAAUGUAAAUAAUUGUAAAUAAAAAUUAAUUUUAUUGAAGCUUUAAAUAAUAUUAUUUAGAUUGUUAUAAUUUGUGUUUAUUUUUUUUUGUUUGUUUGUACACAAAUCUCGUAAUUUUGAAUUUACACAAAAUUGUUCAUUAUUUCAUUUAUUGUAUAAUAUGGUGAAAAAGUAAAAUGAUUUUGUUGU